AUGCAGUUGAAAUACCUCAUCACACUCGCAACCCUUGCGGCUUUUGCCUCUGCGAAUUUGGUUCCGCACAACGUCGCUUACACGAAGAGAUCUCCACAAUACGAGUACGAUACAGCGGCACCAUCUCCAGAUUCACCUUCGCCAUCACCAGCAGGUCCUGGAGACGAUAUCGCAAUUUGUGUUAAUAACUGCGACUCUAACGCUUACAAGAACAAUGGAAUUAAUGGUAGUGGCGGUGGUAUUGGCGCUGCCGGUGAUUAUAACGCUGGUGGCGAUAAUCCUGGUGGCAACAAUCCUGGCAACGACAACAACGAAAAUUCUCCCAACAUCGGUGACGACGACGCCAACGACAACAACAACAGAAACGAUACUGCUCCAUCGCCAACUACAAAGUACGUCGUCGUUGCACCUUCUCAGGGCGUUCUUCGCUUCGUUCCCUUUGCCAUGCAAGCCGAUGUCGGUGACAAAAUUCAAUUUACUUGGAUGGCAAACAACCACGGAGUAACCAAAUCUUCAAUGACUGGUCUCUGUAACGCCACAGAGGAUAAGCCAUUCAAAUCUCCUGUACAGAACGCAACCACUACGUUUGAGAUUACUGUCGAUACCACCGACCCAAUGUUUUACUAUUGCCCAGUUGGAAAUCACUGUGCAUCUGGUAUGUACGGUAUGAUCAAUCCACCAAUGGCACCAGCCAACUUGUCAAACGUUGGUAAUGCUAUGAGUGAUUGGGAGAAGGACUCCAAGAAUGCCAUUAUUAUGAAGAACGCCGGUAAUUUGAUGAAGGAUGCCAACAUGACCACCGAGCAACUAAACUGGGGAAGCAACUGGAUGGACAUCGCGAGUGACAAAGAUCAGUUGUCUUUGCUUAUCGAGAAUAUUAUCACCACGCGUCUCGCUAUUGCUUUGAAUCCAGGCUGGACACCUGGAGCUGAGAUUGAUACUGGCAAGUUUAAUACACCACCAGAUAUGAAUACGCUUGCAGAGUCCAACACCGACGACGAUGAGACUGACGAUGAUCCUACUACUGAUUCGAAAGACGGAGGUAGCUCAAAUGACUCUGGAUGCAUCAGAAAGGAAGCCCAGAUUACCAGUCUUAUUUUCAGUUUAAUUGCGGUUUUCGCAUGUGUUCUUUAA